AUGGACCUGAGUGCCGCCGCCGCGCUGUGCCUCUGGCUGCUGAGCGCCUGCCGCCCCCGCGACGGGCUGGAAGCGGCCGCAGUGCUACGAGCGGCGGGGGCUGGGCCGGUCCGGAGCCCGGGGGGCGGCGGCGGCGGCGGGCGGACUCUUGCCCAGGCUGUGGGCGCCGCGGCUGUCCCGGCCGCUGCGGUUUCCCGGGCCCGCGCCCCGCGCCGCGCCGCGGGCUCCGGUUUCAGGAACGGCUCGGUGGUGCCGCACCACUUCAUGAUGUCGCUUUACCGGAGCCUGGCCGGGAGGGCUCCGGCCGGGGCAGCCGCUCUCUCCGCCUCGGGCCAUGGUCGCGCGGACACGAUCACCGGCUUCACAGACCAGGCGACCCAAGACGAAUCUGCAGCCGAAACAGGCCAGAGCUUCCUGUUCGAUGUGUCCAGCCUUAACGACGCAGACGAGGUGGUGGGUGCAGAGCUGCGCGUGCUGCGCCGGGGAUCUCCAGAGCCGGGCCCAGGCAGCUCGACUUCCCCGCCGCUGCUGCUGCUGUCCACGUGCCCAGGCGCCGCCCGUGCGCCACGCCUGCUGUACUCGCGGGCAGCUGACCCCCAGGUCGGUCAGCGCUGGGAGGUGUUCGACGUGGCGGACGCCAUGAGGCGCCACCGUCGAGAACCGCGUCCCCCACGCGCGUUCUGCCUCUUGCUGCGCGCAGUGGCAGGUCCGGUGCGGAGCCCUUUGGCACUGCGGCGUCUGGGCUUCGGCUGGCCGGGCGGAGGGGGCUUUGCGGCAGAGGAGCGCGCGCUGCUAGUCGUCUCCUCCCGCUCGCAGAGGAAGGAGAGCUUGUUCCGGGAGAUGCGCGCCCAGGCCCGCGCGCUCGGGGCCGCUCUGGCGGCACAGCCGCCGCCAGACCCAGGAACCGGCACCGGGUCGCCAAGGGCAGUCACUGCCGGCCGCAGACGGAGGAGGACGGCCUUGGCCGGGACGCGGACAGCGCAAGGCAGCGGCGGGGGCGCGGGCCGGGGCCACGGGCGCAGGGGCCGGAGCCGUUGCAGCCGCAAGCCGCUGCACGUGGACUUCAAGGAGCUCGGCUGGGACGACUGGAUCAUUGCGCCGCUAGACUACGAGGCGUACCACUGCGAGGGCGUUUGCGACUUCCCUCUGCGCUCGCACCUUGAGCCCACCAACCACGCAAUCAUUCAGACGCUGCUCAACUCCAUGGCGCCAGACGCGGCGCCGGCCUCCUGCUGUGUGCCCGCGCGCCUCAGCCCCAUCAGCAUCCUCUACAUCGACGCUGCCAACAAUGUCGUCUACAAGCAAUACGAGGACAUGGUGGUGGAGGCCUGCGGCUGCAGGUAGUGGGGGACAGGCCUGGGUGACUGGCAUGAACUCAGCUUCUCUGUUGCAACCCCCAGCUGGAAUCUCCAGUCACUAUGGAUGGGAGAACUGACAGGCAGAGAGAAAGCAUGUCAAGACUGUGAGUAAAGGCCGUCCCCUCAACCCCAAUCUGAGGUCACCAAAGUCUCCCUCCUAAACAAAAUUUUCCAUUUCGUUGGGAGAAUUGUGUACUACUAGUUGACAUCAUUUGAACCAUGAUUUCCAGGUAGUGAGUAGGAUUUGGUAUCCCUUAGGGAGCUCGGGGCAGGCCAGCUGGGGCCCAAGCGGGGCUGGUGCUGGGUCUGUCAAACACGAAGAUAGUCUGGUCAUUGCUGCUUGAAACCAAGGCUUUCGUAUUAAGGAGGAUCACCCACACUGGCAGGCGGGCAUUUCCACUGAUGCCCAAACACACUUGCCUUGUUGAAUCCUGACUUUCCAAGCAGCUGCGCUGGGUCUUCCAGAGGUGGCAGGCUUUGCCGUCUUAGCUUGGGGAAGUCAGGUUUGAGCUGUGCUAAGUCAUUGUAUCCAUGCUUCCCUUCACCGUACCCUCCUGGCAACAAUAUGAGGUGUGGAUUUUGUGAUAGGAGAAUCCAGACUCCACGAAGCCCAGGGCAGUCUCUUCUCCCUGGCAGCUCUCAUGAUGUCGGCAGGAGUGGGCGCCUCACCUUGGGUACUGAAGAGAGUACUGAUAAUCCCGUGGAUGGAACAGGACGGAGCGUAAUUCAAUCCCUACACAUUGUAUGUGCUGUCGGCAAUUUCAUUGAAACUCACAGCAGAAAACAGCUAGGAUUUGUAGACCGAUUUUCUUCCUAGAGCAGGGAGAAAAAUGACGUUCUUUCCAAAAGCAGCUAGUGCAAAGAUAAGGUCAGGCUCUUACUGUGCUUGAAUCUGGUCACCAGGAAAUCCAGUGGCAGGAAGAGAGUGUCCUGCGGCUGCCUCUGGGUGCACAGAAUCACUGGGCCUCGCUGAUUCUCAUGAGAACCUGUCAUCUCAGGGAGACAGACCUCCCUCUGGCCCUCAGUGGGCCAUAGGCCAAGAGGCCUGAGUCAGAUCGCACAGUGAGCUGGAGGGAGCAAGGCUCUGAAAGCGGCAGUCUAGCAGAGGGAGCUUGGGCCUGCGCUUGCCCCUCAGAAAGUGUCUGGAUUGGGAAGGGAAGAGAGGAAGCUGCCGAGCAAACCCAACAGCCAAACUUUGGGCGAGUGGAAAGUAACAAGAUCCCUCUGGGGGAUGGUGUAUCUGAGCUGCACCAGAGUCAGAGCCCACUGUGGGCUUCCGAGUGCCCAGAGGCAGCUGCUCCCACGGCAUGGCCUGCGCCCGCCUCAGGGGAGGCCACUUGGGCCAGGGCACCACAGGGCGUCUCCUGAGAGAGGUCUGAGGCUAGUUAUGGGCAGUCACCUCCCUGCUGGAGCUUCAUCUUUUGUCCUGUAAAAUGAUGCCCUCUCCAGUUCCAAGGUUCUAGGAUUUUACCUCGCCCUAAAACACACUCAGACAGCUUGAAGGCAGAGCAAAUGUGACGGCUCCUGGAGAAGGUCCUCUCCCAAUCCCAGUCCCAGAGCCAUGUCUUACAGGUUUCGCAGCUCUUGCCUGUGCGUGUGCAUGUGUGUGUGUGUGUCCAUUUUACUCCUGUCCUCAGUAGGUGCCUCAUGGAUGUGCUCUGAAUUCCCCUGGGCUGAGGCAGGUGCGGGGAAGGCCGGCACCUUGAGGGUGGGGUUCAGCUACCCAGAGCGAGGAGCUGGCUGAGGGCACUGCCCACCCAGCUGCAGUUCCUCCUGUGCUCAGUGGGGUGGGUACAGCCACACUCAAGCUGAGACUGUCUGAGAGACCUAGUGCUGGGAAGGGUUCUACCUGCUGCUGGGGCCUCUGCAGGCAGAAGAGGAAAGGCAAGGCUCUGCCUGGUUGGUCACCCAGACAGGGACCUGGGACUAUCCCAGAAGCCCUGGAUGAGGCAGGCAGGACUGUCCUAGAAUGGACUCCUUGGGUCCCCACCCUCUCCUCACCACCAUGCCCAUGUCUGGCUCUGAGGUCCCCUUGCAGCUUCCCAGGAGAGUGACCCUGGGGUAGCAUCAGACAAGCUUAUCUCUCUCUUCUUUUUUAUGAUCUGGAAAAUGGUGGGGGAGGUUAACAUAAAGAAGAACCAGAAGGGAGGACCCAAAAAGAUGUUUGUUUCUAAGUUUUCAGACAGCUUGGCAUCUUGUACCUGGAACCUCCUGACCAUAUAGACUGGAGCAGAGCUGUCUUCCUCCCUCUGUGCUUUUCUGGGCUUUAAUCUGUGUGCACAGCUUAGUAUAUCACAAAUAGUAACUCAGAGUGAGGCUGUAGUGAAAGAAGCCUGUUUUUUUUUUCAGGAGGGCCACCGUCCUAGCCUGAGGAGACACCUGGUGGACACAGACUGCAGGGAGAGGGUUGAGAGUUGGCCUAGUGAAUCAGAGGGGUGACUGAGGGCCCAGAAGUUGCCACCUGAGCUCUGAUCAUCAUUCAUGGGUGCUGUCUGCCCAUCACCUGCAGGUACCCACCUUAACCAGAGCUUGACUUGUGGUCUGCAACUUGGCGACAGGCCUUUGGCUGGGCAAAGUUUGGGCUGGUGCUUCAUGGUGGCAGGAGCAAUUACAGCAGAGCAACCCAGGAUGGGUGGUCAGUGAAAAAUGAGUGUGAAGUCACUGAAAAAUCAGACUGAGUUUCAAGUUAUGCUCACAGUUGCUGAAAAAGCAAGAGCAGCAGAGCAGCGUGCGGUGGUCCACUUCCUCCUGCUGUGCAGAGCUCGCAGCCUCUUCUAGCAUCUGUGCGUGGUGCGCAUGUGUCUGUCACAACAGAAAGGGCUGGCUUCUCUCACACAUUUCCCUGACAAUGGCAGGGGGGCCGCAGCGGUCACAGAAACUUCCGGAGAGACGUGUUUCUGUACAGUCAGGUGAAUUUGUUGGCAGGACAGCUUAGUGACGAUAUAAAAAGUACUGUUUCACUUUUUUUGUCAGAUGAACUUCCUUCUGCUAGUUUAGAAAUGCUUCACUCCAGAGAGGGCCACCUGGUAGAAGCUGUAUUACAGAAACUUUUAAUCCCUUUUCUAUGUCAGGGGAUGCUGAGAUAAACUGUCUAGAAAAACAAGGAGAAGUUUCUGACUGUCACACCCAGGCCACUUCCGGCAGAGUGGUACAGAGCUGCCAGGGCGUGGCCAGCUGCUUUGCAUCUGCAUUCCUGUUUCAUUACCUUUUGUGUUGUGGGCCAACAGGAGUGCUACGUAGUGGGGGCUGGAGAUUUGGCCCGGCAGAAGGUGGGCACGUAGCUGUCUUCUCUGCAGAAUACUUGCACUGCUUCAUCUGACCAGCAGUGGCAACAGCCACACCCACAUCUAGCUCCUGCCCAGACCUUUGGCUACCAGAAUCUAGAACCGUGGCUGACCAAAGCGAGACUUCCGAGUAAGGUUAGUUCACAGGCAUCCUGCUGAAUUAGAAGGAGACAGGAACUAAUCCGAAGUACACGGGGCUAAACUUCCCUCGAGGACAUUUCCUGAGCUGCAAGAUGGGAAGGGACAGCACCGAAGCUGGAGAGCUGGUGCAACUGCGCACACCUUUUCUCUGUUUUUCAGUACUCACAGGUCAUCCUGGGGAGAUCUCUCAUGGGCCAUGGGCAGCCCACGCCUGGAUUUUUUGGUGAAUGAGUCCAAAAAGCAGUGACCUGGUGUGUUGAGGGCCUUCCCUUGCCUGCGCCUUUUUAAUCUCUGAGUGACUGAGGGGUGCCAAGGCCAGACAAUGCACAUGUGUCCUGGAUCCUCCCCUGGCCUGGGGCAGCAGCAGCUGGGCUUGGGGUGAGUAGGCUGGCUUGAGAAAGGGGAUGCCCACAAGCAGGGCUCACUUCCUGGGUCAGGGCCUGUCAGACUCAAAGUUAGCCCUUUAGCAUUCUGUUUAAAAAAUGAUGAUGCAGUUCAGUGAGAAAGAAAGCUCAGGAUAAAAUGUGUUUUCUGGCGGGGAAAUACUCAAGUGUUCUAAGCCAGGAACAGAGACUCUCAAGAGAGGAAUUCUCUGGCAUUCUCUGCCUUGGAUAAAUCAUGGAUUAAACAUGAGCAUCCUUAGAAUAAUUUUAUUUUUGUAUUUCACUUUACACUGUAAUGCAAACAGCUUUUAUGUUUUCUUUGACAAAGAAUCAUAAUUGAGUCACUUUAGGUCUUUUAGCUAGAAGCAUUUCACCCUAAAUGAAAAGUUAAUGCAUUUUUUACAAGGAUUAACAUGCUAACUACAACUUGCCCUUUCAGCAGAUGACAAUAGGGGUCCUGAAAAGUUUGGACAAAGUCUUUUUCUUUUUGCAUACAAAUAAAGCAGCAGAUCAUUUCUCUGAAGGUUGUUGCAGAGCUCCUGUACCAGCUUACAAAAUGAUGCUGUUUAAGUAGGCCUUGGGUGGGCAGCAGAAUUCUACACAUGACGAGUGGCCUGCAGCUUAAAAAGCAAAUUUCAUCUGAUUCCAGUACUGUGAUUUUAAGGAAAUGGUAAAACUCAAAAGUGCUGGUAAUGCCAUCAAGGCUCAACACGCCAUUUCCUCAGCAGCUAAAGACAAAAAUAAUUAUUUUGGUGAGGGGAUAGAAGUCCUUUCGCUUUGCAGUGACACCCACUUUUUCUUAGCUUGGCUUGGGAGUAAUGAGAUUGGGGUGUGGGGGGACAUUGAAAACUCCUUUAAGGCAAACUGAAAUCUCCUUCAUCAGCAUUCUUCCUGCUGGUGUAGCCAGAGCAGAACUCCGAGGCUUGCAGGCUGGGCUGUCUCCUUGCUGCCUGGCCUGGGUGUUUAUUUGGGCAACACAAGCUGACAUCGUGAGGUGCUGCCGAUGCCCAGGCCAGCUAGCAGGGAGCCCUCCCAGGGCUGGUAGAAACCUAUGUGUAUAUAUAUUCUCAAAUUUAAAUAGAUUGUACAUAGUGAAAUGUAAAUGACAUGUAAAACAGCAAUCUCUAUUUUUCUUAUUAUAUAGCAGUAUAUAUUUGUUAAACAUGCUUGUAUACUCUUCAUUAACCAUUUUAAUAUUUUGUACAGAUAAGUUGAUUAAAUAUUUGAUUC